AUGCUGACCGACCAAAAUCAAUCCACUAACAUGAACGAACAGGUAAAGCAACCUUACAAGAAUGGUAUAUACUAUCGCGAGCUAGUUACUGGUAAGUCUCCUGAGGUUCUUGUUCAAAGCCUGGAUCUCACACUUGAUAAGAAAACCUUAUUUAUGGACCUUGACUUCACAGCCUCGUAUGGAGACAAAGUGACUAUAGUCGGAGAGAAUGGGAGCGGAAAGACUACGUUUCUCAAUCUUUUAGCCGGAGUCGAUGAGUACCCUUAUUCUGGGUCAAUAAAAAUCGAAGGCAGAGUCGGGUUCUUACCUCAACACUUUGAAGAAGUCGAUGGAGACCUACUGGCAAUUGAAGUGUUGCUCAGGUCGUUGUACGAUGAUGAGAUCAACGACUUUCUAGAAUUGCCUAUAGAGCCCUUCUCACAAGAGUGGCUCCAGGAGCUGAACAUUCUGGGCGGGCAUGAAAUAUUCAAGCAAUUUUCCCUCAUCGGGUUAGAGGAAGAAACAUUGAAUCGCCCUUUCAAGUCUCUAAGUGGCGGUGAGAAGACAAAGACGCUUCUCUGCGCGUUAAGCGUUUUGAAUCCCGACUUCAUUUUGCUCGAUGAACCGACAAACCAUCUAGACAAUAAAGGAAUUGAGUGGUUAGAGUCUUUCUUGAAAAGGUUCGCGGGUGCGGUUGUAAUGGUUUCCCACGACCGUGCUCUAAUCAAUGGAGUUUCAAACUUCAUUUCGGAGUUAUCCCCUUUCACUAAGAGGUUUUCACAUUUCAGAGGUGGUUAUAAGCACUAUUUGGAAGAAGAGGAUAAAAGGCGCCUAAGGUCAGUCGAGGAAAGGCGUUUCCAAGACAAGGAGCUUAAGAAACUAAAGUCCAAGGCCGUGCAAGCACAGUCUAGAGUUAAGUCCCGAAUAGUUCGAUCAGGAUCAGAUAGAGAUAAACUGAGUUACAAUAACAAGGAACAAAGAGCUCAAAAGGGAAUUAUGGGUCAAGUUAAUCAACUCACUGACAAAGUUGACCACCUGAAUGAUAAUUUAGUCGAAGUAAUUCCCGAAAGAUCUCAAAUUUCGUUCGAUUUUGAUGGCCUUUCUGCGUUAAGCUCUCUCUUGGGGAUAACUGUAACGGAGGUAUCGAAAUCGUACGAAAAGCAGGUAUUUACCAAUAUUUCCUUCACGUUGACAAAAGGUGACAGACUGAUUGUUAAGGGGCCCAACGGUUCUGGCAAAACAACUUUGAAUAGAAUUCUUAUGGGUCUUACUGAACCAGACCAAGGGUCCGUUUCCAUAAGUGGGAAUGCCGUUGUUGGUUAUUUGGACCAGGAGCAAGAAAACCUGCCUUUGGACAAAUCUCCCGUAGAGUUGUUGGAAGAAGAUCCAAAUAUUAAGGCAUCGACUCAGACGGCAAUUCGAAAUUUACGUGAUUUUGGAAUCUAUAAAUGGCACGAUCUGAAGAGCCCUCUAAAAGCUUUGAGUGUGGGAUGUCGUCGUAAAGCACAACUUUGUCAGAUCAUCAUGAGAAAAUGCUCUAUCCUUAUCUUAGAUGAACCUACCAACCACAUUGAUUUCCCGAGUUUAGAAGUUAUUGAAGAGGCCUUGUUGCAGUUUCCGGGCAUCGUUAUUGCCACUACACAUGACAGGUACUUCACGGAUAAGGUUGGCACAAGAGUCAUAGAUCUUUCAAACUACAGUUUAGGAUAA